AUGCCUGAUUCUGAUGUAUCUACUGGUUCGGAUGAUCAAGUCACUUCUGGACUUGAUGCACAAACUCGACAAGAGUAUCUUCCCUUUGCUGCCUCCAUCAAACUUGAUGGAAUUAACUAUCUCAUGUGGUCCAGAUCAGCCUAUCUCAUUAUUGCUGGCCAUGGUCUCACUGGCCACAUUACUGGUACUUCAGUAAAACCUUCUACUGUAGGUCCUCUACAGACUCGAUGGAUCUCUAAUGACUCUCAGGUCAUGGCCUUUCUUCUGAAUUCCAUGAACCAAGAUCUUGCCAAUGGCUAUUUACUUCUAGAGAAUGCUGCCCUGAUAUGGAUGGCUCCCAAAGAAACUUAUGGACGGAUUGGUAACGAUGCUCAGGUUUAUGAAUUACGAAAAAAAAUUCAUGAAACCACUCAGAUGGACCUCUCUACUUCCAAGUAUUAUGCUCUCCUACGAAGUCUAUGGCAACAGCUGGAUCAUUACACUGAUUACCAGCCCACUAAUCCUACUGAUAUUGCUGCCUAUCGCAAGCAUGUAGAUAAAAUCAGAGUAUAUGACUUCCUUGCAGGACUAAAUAUGGAAUAUGAUCAGAUUCGGGUCCAGGUACUCAGCAGGAUCGCUUUUCCUACUUGGGAACAGUCCUAUGCCUUAGUACAUACUGAAGAAAGCAGACGGACUGCUAUGUUACACACUCCCACCAGUGAUCGAUCAGCUCUAAAAACUGCUGCCACUGCUGUUCCUACAUCUGAUGGGCUUUCCACUACUAGUGACUCUUCUAAAGUAACCGUGAAGUGUGAACAUUGUAAUAGGCCUUAUCAUACCAAGGCUCCUUGUUGGAAACUCCAGGGUAAAUCGGCUGACUUUGAAGCUAAACGUGCUGCCCGGAAGUCGAAAAACAAAGCCAAUCAUACUGAGGUUGUCACUACUACUCCUACUACUGACAUUG